GAACAAUAUUCUUCAAGAGGCCACUCCAUCAAAGACAGGAGCACAGUAUUCCCAGGAUCACAACAAGGAGGGGCAGACCACGGUUGCUUCAGAUUCCUUGAGAUCUUCUGUGAUUCCAGGCUUGCCACCCCAAAUUCAGGACCCCACCCUUCGAGGAACAAAUCAUUAUAGUAAUAAAUUGCCUUCAUCUUCCAUAUACCAGCUAAGCAUGUUUAACUACGAACGUCCAAAACACUUCAUUCAAACCCAAAACCCAUGUGGCUCCAGACUGCAACCUCCUGGACCGGAAACCUCCAGCUACUCUAGUCAGACCAAACAGUCUUCCAUUACCAUCCAGCCCCGCCAAUGCACAGAGCAAAGAUUUUCUGCCUCCUCAACAGUGAGCUCUCACAUCACCAUGUCUUCGUCUGCUUUCCCUGCUUCUCCCCAGCAGCAUGCUGCCUCCAACCCAGGCCAAAGGGUUACAGCCACCUAUAACCAGUCCCCAGCCAGCUUCCUCAGCUCCAUAUUACCAUCACAGUCUGAUUAUAGUAGCAGUAAAAUUCCUUCCAAUGUGGACACCAACUAUCAACAACCCUCAGUUGGCCAACCUCUAAGUGCUACACCAUCCCAAAAUGCAAAUGCUAAUAAACCCACACCAAGGACUCCUGACCAUGAAAUACAAGGAUCAAAAGAAGCUCUGAUUCAAGAUUUGGAGAGAAAGCUAAAAUGCAAGGACAGCCUUCUUCAUAAUGGAAAUCAACGGCUAACAUAUGAGGAGAAGAUGGCUCGCAGAUUGCUAGGACCACAGAAUGCAGCUGCUGUGUUUCAAGCUCAAAAUGACAGUGAGGCACAAGAUUCACCACAGCACAACUCAGAACACGCACGACUGCAAGUUCCUACAUCACAAGUAAGAAGCAGAUCAUCCUCAAGGGGAGAUGUGAAUGAUCAGGAUGCAAUCCAGGAGAAAUUUUACCCACCUCGUUUCAUUCAAGUGCCAGAGAACAUGUCAAUUGAAGAAGGAAGAUUCUGCAGAAUGGACUUCAAAGUCAGCGGACUGCCAGCUCCUGAUGUGUCAUGGUAUCUGAAUGGAAGACCAGUUCAAUCAGAUGACUUGCACAAAAUGAUAGUGUCUGAAAAGGGUUUUCAUUCACUCAUCUUUGAAGUGGUCAGAGCUUCAGAUGCAGGAGCCUAUGCAUGUGUUGCCAAGAACAGAGCAGGAGAAGCCACCUUUACUGUGCAGCUGGAUGUCCUGGCAAAAGAACAUAGAAGAGCACCAAUGUUUAUCUACAAACCACAAAGCAAAAAAGUUUUUGAGGGAGACUCAGUGAAGCUAGAAUGCCAAAUCUCAGCUGUACCUCCACCAAAGAUUUUCUGGAAAAGAAAUAAUGAAAUGGUACAAUUCAACACUGAUCGAAUAAGUUUAUAUCAUGAUAACUCUGGUAGAGUCACUUUACUGAUAAAAGACGUAAACAAGAAAGAUGCUGGGUGGUAUACUGUGUCUGCAGUUAAUGAAGCUGGAGUGACCACAUGUAACACAAGAUUAGAUGUUACAGUCCGUCAAAGGCAAACUCUUCCGGCUCCUAAGCAGUUACGUGUUCGACCAACUUUCAGCAAAUAUUUAGCACUUAACGGUAAAGGUUUGGAUGUGAAACAAGCUUUUAACCCUGAAGGAGAAUUUCAGCGUCUGGCAGCUCAAUCUGGACUCUAUGAAAGUGAAGAACUUUAAUGAGAUUACCAACAUUUGAAAACACAACAACUACACUAUUAGUA